AUGGAUGCUGAUCGGAGGAGAUGGGUGCGUGCCGCGAACUUGAGCGGCGCUGCCGGCGACGAAGAGAAGAGGGCUCUGUUUUUGGGCGGGGGUGACUCUGUUUCGGUCCCCGCCGGCGGUGGGAUUGCGGCGGACUCCGUAUACUACACGGACGAUGGCUGGGAGCGGAUGGAUGAGGAUUACUUGUACGGAGGGAACGACAUCGGGGUGUUUGAUUUGAGAGAGGGGAAGAUUAGGAGGAUUGAUGAUGAGUUUGAAGAAGACAAAUUCGACCCGCCGCCGUGUUGGCUGGUUCCGAGACCGGCCGCUGAGCUCAGUUUCGAGUCCCUUGUAGAGUUAUGA